GAGAAUUAUAGGAUUGGCCACGUUCGCCCUCCCAACACUUUUAUUUUCUUCUUGGCGCCUCGAGUUUCGAACUCAGUAAAAUUCGAGUCACGACUCACCCGAUUCCUGAUUUCGUCUCCAUUUCUCCCUCCUGAAAAUUUCUCGUAAAACCCUCCGUAUCGUAGGGCUCUGAUCAAUUUUCGUACGAAUCUGAACCUCUGAUUCCAGUUAGUUCUGUGAGAUCGUUGCUCGUUUUGAAGAAGGAAAGGAUGGGACAGGCAUUUCGUCGAGCAGCUGGAAGAAUCAAACCGGCUUCGAGUGUCGAUUCCACUACUGCCUCUUCGUUGAAAAUGGAAAGCAUCGUUGAUCGGAAGCCUCCUCCGCGUGUUGCCGAGAAGGCACGGGAGAGUGGCUCUCUUGAUUCCGGUGAUGUCACUGCAAGUGAUUCGGGAAACAGGCUUGAAGAACGAGAUCCCCAAUUUGAUGCCAUGCUUAGCCAAAUGGUGGGUCGAAUAAAAUCAAAGCCCGGAGGAAAACUUGAGAUGGGGGAGGCCUCUGUGGUGGAGAGAUACGGUAGACCAAUGCCAAAGCUAAGAGAUACAAAUAUAAAAUCGAGUAAAUACGAGGAUCGGCCAGCCCCACCAGGAACACUAAACGUAGCACAAAUGCGACAAAUAAUUCUCUUACACGAAGGUAAGGCUGAUGAUCAUGAUGGGCCAAUGGGACCUCACCAAAUUGCUGAAAGGUAUAAUGUUAGUGUUGCUCAAAUACAAACCAUUUUGCAGUUUCUGUCUCUGCCUCCAGAGGACAGUCUUAGAGACAAAAUCAAGGAUUCUAAAUGACAGGAAUGGAGCCAUGAAAACAACGGUAGGGGGGCGACUUUUGCUCCUAAGAAGAAAUAAUAAAGGUUCCAAAAAUUUUCUAAAUGGUUUUAUACGAGUUUUUUAAACUGUCGAUUUUGUAUACAAUAAGUUCUUGAAAUUUUAACUUUAUGUCCACUAGAGUUUUUGGCUUUA